AUGGAUCCACUGCCGCUGCUAGAAGAACUGGAAAAUGACAUGAAGGUGCUAAUCGCCGAGGCAAGGAAAAAAAACGUGUGCAUAAAGGAGAAGACAGAAAUAUGCGUCAUAAAAAUUAAAAACUACAAUAGUAUAAUCGAAUCGAAUAAAAACCAACUGUUCAGCAGCUUUGAAUUCCCCAUAGAUGAAAUUAUCGAAAUUAUCAACAUAGGAAUGCAUAUCAAUAGCCAUAAAAUUUCCAACCUUUGCUUGCUCAUAAUUAAAAGAGUCGUCUGUUACAUCCUCUACUUAAUAGACAACAAAAACACAAUAAAAAAUUUUAGGCACAUAAAUAUAGAGAAACAAAUUGAAAAAAUUACCAACAAGUUAUUCGAUUUGACAUUCCUUGAGGAUAAGAAAGUUCUAAUUAAAAUUGUGCAAAUAAUAUUAGCCGCUUUUUCUCAUCAGUAUAUGGAAUAUUACGGCAAGGACAUUAUUAACACCUUGCUGAAAAUUUUAUACUCCGUUUAUUAUUCAUCAUUAUGUGAUAACAAUACCAUUUUGUACCAAACGUGUUGUGCUGCGUAUAAGCAGCUCCUCAAUUCGCUCACUGAUUUGUGUAAUAGGGAGAGCAGAGUUGGGGUCACUCCGUCUGAUAACUUAGGAAAUUCCUUGUGCGAGUCGGAUGAGCAGAAAAAUGACCCACAAGAAAAACGAAACAGUGAUCACCACAAGUGUGUGCACGUGGAGGAGGACCACUCAGAAGAAGUGAAGCACCUCUACUUUGAAAAUUUUGAUUUGCCAUAUGAUACGGAUAGCCCCAUAGAUCUCAUCUACAUAACAGAUCUGAAAAAUCAGAGUUUCAUGAAAAAUAAGAAUAAAUUGCUUUCCCUAAUUCAUUACCUCUGUUACUGUUGUUUUGUAAAUAUUAGACUAAAGUAUAACUCUGCUGGGGUUUCUUCGCCCUGUGCGUAUGGAACCGCAGCGGAGGAAAAAGGAAAAGAACAGACUGUUAAUGACGCCGCUAGUGUAAGUCAAGAGCGAAGGCAAAAUUCGAAUAUAUCUCAAACGAAUGAACUUUCCAGUAAGCCGCAAUCCGCACGAAGCAACGAUCAAAAUGGUGCUGAUCAGCCCCAGGGAAAUGGCACGAAUGGUACCCUCAAAGAAGAACCAAAUGAUGGCAAAAUAAUUACCCCCCUUAAGCAUACAAGUUAUUCAAAAGACACACUACAGUCGGACAGAAGCAACGCCGACCCCCCUGUGGAAGUAAAACAUAAUGCACAGGAGGAGGAAGAAGAAGAGCAGCAAAAAAAAAACAAGUCCAGUAAGGAAGAAAGCAUGCACAUGUAUAGUGUGAAAAGUUCCAAUAUAAAAAAAUUCUUGAAAAUUUUAAAAAGCACAAAUGGGAAAAACCAGACGGAUAACAAAAUGAACCAUGAUGAUAAGGAAAAUGUGCAACCAGACUCGUGUGACCAAAGGGCAGAAAUCCUGACCACCUACAAUAAGAACAAUUUAAUUUUGCCACUGAACUUUUGUCUAGAUCUACUAUAUAUAUUUCUUAACAACUAUGAACACUUUUUAAAAAAUUUAGAUUUUUUCAAAUUAUUGAAAUUUGAAAUUAUAUACAUUAUACUGGUAUCCCUAAAGUAUAACUUACACAUAGACGUUUUUUAUCGAUGCCUGAAAAUUUUUAAAAUUAUUUGUCACAGAUAUUUUCAGUACUUCCUGGGCGAAAUAAAAUUUCUGUUCCUAAUCCUAAUUCAACAUUUGUGCUUGACGCAACCCUUUUCAAAAUUGCUCAUUGUUUUAAAUUUUUUUUUCUAUCUCUUUGAUGACACACUGACGCUGUUCCAUUUGUACAAGUAUUUCUCCCAUAGGGGGGGAACGAUGAAGGAGGGAGGAGCAGCUGAGGAGGAAAAUGCGAAGAAAGACCCAGAAGUGCCCAACGAUGCCAUAACUAGCGGUAUCGAAGGAGUGAAGAAAAAAAAGAAGAAAAAAAAAAAAACGAAGAGGGGCUACAUUCAAGAUGGUGAGCACCCCCCUGCGGCAGUACAAAAUGCCUCCACCGAAAACCCCCCCUCUCAGAAACGUCCCGAUGUAGUAAGCAGUAAAUCCGAUGGGGAAAGUAAGGGAAGCAAAGCGGGGGAGCCUAACUCGUGCAAAACGGACCCCAAGCAGAGUGAUGUAAUGGGAGUGAAAAUCUCAACCGGGCAGGGGGAACACCACAGUGAUGACGACGAUGUCCUGUUCAUCAGAAUCGUCGAAUAUAUUAGCAAAAUUAUUCACGAAUUGUUAUUUUUGCAUUCGAUCGACAUAACAAAAAUGUACGCCCAUUUGAAGGUGUUUAAGUAUGAUAGGAUAUACACGGGCGAAAAGAAGGGCGCGGAGGGGAACCACAAAGAAAGCGACAAAGAAAGACACAUAGAAAGAGGCAGAGAAAAUGACCAGAAAAAACUCAAGCAGAGUGACGGUCAAAUAAAACCAAAGCAGCAGAACCUGGACGAAGGGAACCAUGCGAAGGAAGUCCAAGGCAGCUCCAACGAAAUGCCAUUCCGCAACUUUUUGAGUUACCCCCUAAUUUUACCAAACAGUUGCGAAAACCCGAGGGAAAAUUUCUACUUAUUUAAAUACUCCUCGGAGAAGAAAGUGAGUAAAACCCUGUUUGAUGAUUUAUGCUACAAAGACGCUGACGAAGUACGUCUGCUUGCGUCUACGGUUGAUAGUAUUUUAUCCCUUGUGAAUUCUUUUUAUGUAAUUUUUUUAAACAUAUUGAGAAUGUCCCUAAAUCAGUAUUGCUUCGCGACGAUAGAUCUAAAUGGUGGGAGUGGAUUUGCACCAAAUGAAUUAUCGGCGUGUGGCAGCAGGUUUGAGAGAAUGCAUGCAAACAAUGAGGCAGUGGCACAACCACCCAAUAUCAUUAGUGGAAAGAAUCCCUCUUUUGAGGACGAACUGAAACGAAGGCUCGAUUGCUACAGUGAGAACACAGUCGAAGGGACGAGUAAAAAUGCAGGAAGGGGGGGCGAUUUGUAUAGCGGUGUGCAUUGCAGCGCGAAUAGUUGCAACCCCACGAACGAUCGAAGCGAAAAGGAAGAAAAGAAUCCGCAUGUAAACAAGUAUGUGAAUCCAAAUGACCAGUACGAUCGGAGCAUGUCCCUAUUUUUUAACGUAUUUAAUUCCACGUGCAGAUAUUUCAUAUCGUCUCUCUGCUUGAUCUUCUCCUACACGAACACGCUAGACGUGUGCUUCUUCAGUGGGUUCGAGAAAAUAAUUUUUAUCAGUACUAAUUUGAACAUAAAUAUUUGUACCAAUGCGUGUCUGCAGACCUUAACAAAAUGCAGUAGUAUUUUUACGCUAGAAAAUUCGCCCUUCUUUUUGAAGAUUCUUAGAAAUUUCGAAAGGCAGGAAAAUAGGAGUGAAAACAACCCCGCUGUAAGGAAGAACAAAGGGUCCAUCAAAAGCAUCAGUCAGGUUCCCAUGUUGUACUCUUCUAAUGAGAGUAAAAGUUCCCAUCGGGAAGGUAGCGAAGGUAGUGUGAAGGAUGACAGCAAUUUUGUCAACACGGGUAAAUCUACCAAACGGGGUAGUAACGAUUUGGCGGAAGAAAAGCGGGAGUCAAGCAAAAGCAACGAUGAAGUGGAACCCACAAAUGUGGAGGAAUACGUGGAAAAGGAGAACAGCAUAGAUGAUAUGCUGAUCAAACAAAAGAGAGAAGAGGAUGACGAUAAUUCGGGGAAUUAUUCUUACAACUCCAAGAGCGGAAAAAGUGAGAGAAUCGGUAACACAAAUGUGGGUAAUGAGGACCAACCAAAAAUGAGUGUUGAACUUAGGAGGAAUUCCCCCCCGAGUGACGCUAACUAUAACGUUAACAGUAAAGCCAUGGAUGACGCAGAAUGCGCUGGAAGAGGCAAAAGAAAUAGUAGUCUAAGAAGAAACACGGAUCACGUACUGGCUAACAAAUCCAUCUCAAAAAAGACGAGCAUAGAAAGCGUCGAGUCCAAUUUUGUCUGCUACAAAUCGACAUUGAACGAAGAUCGUAUAAAAUAUUUUGACGAGAUCAUUAGUAUCAUAUUGAAAGAAUCAUACUUCAUAAACAACGAUUUGAAUAACGUAAAAUAUAUUCUCUCGAUAAAAGCAGUCAUUAGCAUAUUUUUCAUUUAUGGAGACAACCUCCAUUUUGACAACUGGCUAAGAAUGAUUAACCUGUUCGUCGAAGUUAACUACAUAUAUAAGUAUAUAUCUUCCAUAGAGAACAAAACGAUUGAAUUUUUAAACUUCCUUCAUCACAUUAACAAAAAUGAGGAAGACUUUAUCUUCUCUCUAAGUAAGAGAUUUAUCGACUCGGAUAAAAAUACUUAUGUACAAAAUGUAAAUUCAAAAAGUGCUGAAUUCUGUUAUUUUAUAUUGAGGUUUAUUCAGAAAAAUCCUGUACUGUGUGCAGAAAUUACUGUCAUUUUUUCCUCAUUUUCUUACUUUUUUAAGAAUACCAUAUUUUAUAAGCUUUCCACGUUGGUUAAUAUUUUGAAUGCAAUUCAUUUUAUGAUAUUUAAUCAGUUCUUCAAGCAGAGGAAGGUGGGGCCCAAGGGGGGCCACAUAACAAGCGAAGGGAGUAAACAAAAUGGAGAUGCACAUGUGGGUGUAGGAGGCUCUAAGGAUAUGUGCACCGCUGUACUGAACGGCCAUAUAGGAAGUUCCCAAAAUGGGCCUAACUGCGAGGAUGGAAAGGAAGGCAAUACCAGGUUAACGGAGCCCUCCAAAGGGGCAUCCUUCCAUUCGGGAAACUCCCUCCGAAGGGAAAAGAACGAAGAAGACACAACUCCAAGCAGUGGUGAAUACAUAAAGUUUAACAAACUAAAUAGAAAGAAAAAUAUAAUUGAAAAAUAUAUCGAAUUUUUGCAAAACAAUGCUAACAUUUUUGAGGUGUAUUAUUAUUAUCUGUCCCAUUUUGACCCCAUGUACACAACCUAUUUUGCCUUCUACACGGAUAUGUUCUUUUUAGCAAAGGGGGAGCAUCGUAAAGGGGUGGUGCGUAACGAAAUGGCGAAGGAUAGACCAACCAACAGCGAAUGCGUAACUAUAUCAGGAGAGGGAGUUCCCACCGAGGAGACAACCUUCCCCCAAAAAAUGAAUGAUAAACCGAGCGGUUAUGCAGCGAAGGAGCACACCUACUACAUCGUAUUGAAGAAAUUAGAAAAAUUUUGCAUCUUCGAAGAUUUCUACCCCCUGUAUAUGAUAGAGACGCUAUGUGUCAUCAACCUGGAUAAGAUAAAAAGCAUUUACAACAACUGCUGCAUGAACAUAUUACUGCUUUCCCUGUGCAAAAAUAAUGACAUCCAAAAAAAGAGCGUUGACACCUUGUUCAAUAUUAUAAAAGAGUCUGUUGUACAUUAUAAACACAACUUUGAAAUUCAGUUUCUGCUGUUUAAGCCAUUUUUCCUGUUCAUAGUUAACCCGCAUGCCUUUUAUCGAUCCUAUUUUAUUAGCUCCUUCUUAAAUUGCAUUAGAAAAAAUGCUUCCUUUUUUAACAAGGACAUGUGGCUGUUUAUUAUUUUCCUCCUCUACGUAUCAUUCCAGAAGGAGUUAAAAAAAAAAAGUUUAAUAAAUGCCAACGGCGAAGAAGAGGAUAGCCAACAAAUAAUGGAAGAAAAUAUAUCCAACAUUAAUAACAUUUUUAACAUCCUGGAGAUUAUAAUUGUAGACUAUAUUGAGGAAGUCCCUGUGUGCAAAAUUAUGGAAGUCGUCAUCCACAUGCUCAUCCUCUUUUCGUCCCUAAAUGUUUUGAGCAAUAACGUAUCCUUCAGGGCCAUCAAUUUUUCCUGGUCCAUCGUUGAUUACAUUGUUGGGCGCUCUCACUUGCUGAAGGGGAAUGUAAAUGAAAAGGACCCUUGUGAAACGGAAGGAGGAGAAAAAGACACCACCCAACGGGAUGAAAACAAAACUGGCCAAAACAAACUCCUUCACAUUUGCGCCAUAGAAAAUAGAAAAAUUUACAUAUACGAAAAGGAAAUAAAAAUGAAAAACAUAAAAAUGAAAAGUUUUUUUAUCUUCAUUUUGAAUCAACUUAUGAAGCUCUGCUUUGACGAAAGAAUAGAGGUCCGAAAUUGCAGCAUCAAAACGAUCAUUAGUAUUUUGUCCACGCAUAUAUGCAAAUUCGACUUUUUCUUUUACAAGACAUCCAUCUGUUUGUUACUUAAGCGAUUGAGCGUUAGGUACUACUCCAAGUUGCAGGGAUAUUUCGAGAUGGAAUGUAGGAAUGAGCACCAAGGGGAUCACCAAUCAGGUGAAUCUACCAGUGUAAACCGGAUCGCAAACGUUAGCGGCUUCCCAUUGGAGGGAGAAAACACUGGUAAAGCCGCAACAAAUGAAGAACCGCUUGAACGAAGCAGAACCUCACUGGGGGAACAGUUCAGGAAGAGUUUCGCUGACCUCACGGCAGAGAUGGAAGGACAAUUUGCAGAGAAAAAAAGAAAAAAAGGGAGGAGGGAAAUGAAGGAGAACCCCCAUUUGUUAAGCGAAAUUGAAAAAGGGGCCAGCAUCCCCAGCAGUAACGGAAGCGGAGGUCCAAGUAGAAAUGUAAGCAUCCCUGGAAAUACCGCUUUGGACCCGGAAAAAAACGAAGACCUGUACGACUAUGUAAAUGAAAACUUCAGCAAAAUUAUCGUCCACCAUUCAAGGGACAGCAAACUGAAGCAGUGGAUCGAAAGCUUCAUCCUAAUCAUAGAAGGGUGCAAUCGGAUCCUCCUGGAGCAAAGCAACUACAGAAAGUUUUACAAUUUUUAUGGCACCUUUGUGAAUAUCCUGAAGACCACACUGUUUGUGAAGUAUAAGAGUACGAACAUGUUUGAGCUGCACAUAUCGAUAUUGCAAAUACUUAACAACAUUUUUAUGUCCAAACUGACCCACUAUAAUGUGUGCCACUUCACAAUGAAGAAUUCGCUAGGGAAUAAGAAUAGGUGCUCUGAUCGUGUAAGCAUUUUCGACAUGUGUCUUUUUUACAUUUACAAUUAUGCCUACUACACUGAUGACCAGAAGAUUAAGGAUUUCAUUUUGAAGCUCCUUAUAGAAAAUCUGAAAACUGUCUACACGGACAAGUGGAUAUAUGUGCACUCGCUGAUGUAUUUGCAUAUGUUUCAUUUGUUGUUUACGUCCAGCGUGGAGGUUGUGCUGAACCCAGUGGAAGGGAAAACCUACUCCUUCCUGAACUACGAUUCCAUUUUGAAUGAGUUGUUUUUUGAUUACUUCGUUAGCGGGGGGGAGACCAUCGCACGUCAUGCGGGAAGAGACAUCAUUGCCGCAACGAACAAGACGGGAAGUAACCCCCCCAAGGGGGCACAGAAGGAUGGGCCACAAGGAGAAGUAGUGGAGUACCCUCCAAAGAGGGCAUCCUUCCUAAACGGCCACUUCACAUUUGAGUAUAAAACGAACCAAGCAUCGGAUGACCCACUAAAUAUUUACAACAUAUUGGAGAACAACAAAAGCAUAUAUAGCGCAGAAUCAUUUGGAGAAAAGGCAAAAUUGGAGAGUAAAGACAUAUACACUGGCUUCCUAAAUGGUCACUUAAAUAGCGAAAUUUUUACCAUCAUGAUGGACAUUUUUCAAACGCUAGAAUAUGACAAAAUAAAUCUCCUAGUAAACGAGGAACUCCUAAAGUGCGUAAAAUAUUUGCUACUAAUUUUGUCAGAGAAUGAAGAGAAAAAAUCCAUCCUCACCAAAUUGUUACACUUUAUUUUUGAUGAGAAAAUACUGUUUAAUGAAAACUCGGAUGAAAUAAUUGAAAAGGUAGAACUGAACGAUACAUAUAACAAACUCGAUAUGGACAUAAACACAAAGGAACUGAAUGAGGAAAAUAAGGAAUGUAGCAGAUUAUUUACCUUAAAUUAUAAGAAAAUUUACCCAUUAAAUAAUUAUAUAGAAUAUUUCCAAACAUUUUCCAUAGGAUUGUUCAAUUAUUUCACUCCUUUCUUAAUUUUCUACAUUCAUAACAAGUUCAAUUUAUAUCCCAACUAUAAUGUAAAUAUAAUUUUCUCCAUCAUACUGUGUAAUUUUAUGAGACAAGAAUUUUACAGCCUAUUUUAUCAGAAAGAAAAUUACUCUCUGGUCCUUUCCUUUCUUAAUAUGUUUCCAUACAUUAUGGCGAAUCACGUGAAAUGCUUCUUGCAUAAUAUAAGUAACAAUUCCUGCUUUGUCUUUUACGAAAGUAUUAUCAUCCUGCUGAAAAUUACGUAUAAUAUGCUUGACAUUUCGGGGAAUAUCGCCAAGGAGGAUUUGUACAAGUACUGGUGUGCCGUCAUUUUCUCCGUCGAGAAGAUUCUUUUCGUUAGUUGCAGCAAUGACAAAAUUGACAUGCUCGACAUCAUGCUCAUAAAAUUUAUAAGGAACCAUUACUUGGUGCAGAACUCGAAGGCUCCACUGUUUAUAAAAAUAUACUUGACAAAAGUUAUAAGCGAACUGAACGAUAAGAAGCGAAGGGCCUUCUCAAGCUGGACGCUGCAGAUACUGUUUGAGGAAUAUGAAAAGAUGACCAAGGAGAAUUACAACAACAGUUACUACACAACUUUUAUGACGUUAGUCAUGCUAAAGAAAUGUGUGCUGACCCUGAGGAGCUUUUCAAGUGAAAAUAAUGAGAAUGCUGACGAAGUUUUGUUUAUUUUAUACGAAAUGAAGAAGUUGAAGUGUUACUACUCCUACAUCGACAUGAAGAGCAGUUCGAUACUGAAACGCUCAGAGGACAAGGCGCACCUGUUCAUUUGCUACCCCUACCUGUUGGAUUGCCUAAACACGGAAAAUACGAAAGUGUUUACCACGGUUAAAGAAUUACUGAAGCUUAUAUCAUACCCUCUAUGCUCCAACAAUUUUGGAUAA